AUAUAUAUUAAAUUUAUCACAAGAAUUAUGGCUAAAUUAAACAGCUUAGAGGCGGUUGUCGUGGGCAGCAACGGCACAGUUGAUGGACUCUUUGCCAUGCUGGCAUCUUUUGGUGUGCUGAUUUGCAUGGUCUCAACGUUGAUGGGCAUCAAGAUUUGGUGGUUCAAACACCGGCUAACAUUCAAUCACAGUUCGACAAAUAAUGGUGCGGCAGGUGGUGCACCGCCUACAGUGCCAUUGCGUACGCGUAGCAGUCGAGAGAAGCGCAUGUCGCAACAGAUAAGCGAACCUGUUGAGGUACAUGGCGUUUUUCGUCGACGAGAAGAAGAUGACUUAAACAUUGUACCAACAAAACAAUUGCCGCCCGUUCGCAUACGGAAGCUGUCUCAAAGUACACCCUCACUCUUCCCGCUGCCGCCGCCACGCCGACAAGAUAAAGUGCGCAGCGCCAUCUAUGAAGAAUAUGAGCCGCCCGCACGUGAACCACCACGCCCGCCAGUGGACUCACUACAAUCCCUGACGGACUCUCCCCAAACACGCACACCAACUAUUAGUCUGGUUGAGGAAAUGCCUACCUUCGAUGAACUCAAACAGAAAUAUCGGCAAAUGGAGUUGAAGGAGGAAAAGGCGAACGAGUUGAGCGCCGAGUCAACCGAGAGUACUCUCCGCAUGCGUAAGUCAUCACCACAGCCGCCGAAACGACUAAAUCGCAACUCAUAUAGCGAAGAGAAACUAGUGGGCAUGCACAAGUUCAUGAAAGCCAAAUCGCCUUCUACAGAGUCGGCGCCGUACCAGCCAAAAGUUAACGAACGUCGUGCUACGGGCUUUCUACGGCCUGAUGAGGAACAUAUAGAAGCCAUGGUAUUGACAGGCUCUGACAGAUCGCCCGUACGCGAAGUAGAAGCAACGCACUCCACAAGCGUGGAGGAGUUCGGUGAACGUCGGCCAACAGGCUACAUUAAGUACGAGGAAAUCGAUGUGGAUGGCUUGGCAGACUUCCGCGAAAAAUGGGAACAGCCGAAAGCAAGCUUGAAUACGGUAAGUCCAACACCGUACCAGCAUAGUGAACGCGUAGACUAUGACGCCUACCACGGACACAACUAUGAUCAUAUGAAUAGAGCGAGCGCACGCGAGUUGCGUAUGAUUGCUGAUGAUGUGCCGGCCUCUUACGCAAAUGAUAGUCACAAGCUGGAAAGCGGAGAGCGUUUAGGCUGGCAGGCAGAUGAUCGAGCGGCGGGCAAACAUGGCACACCAAUGUCGCUAGAGAGCAUCGACUUCACCAGCGACGAAGAGUAUGCUGAUGAGCUGGGUGGCGUAAAGCGAAAUAGGAUUUUAAAAUCUGCUUCAGUGCCUAACUGCAGUAUUAGUGACUACGAAGCUGAAGAUAAUGUAAAACCACAGAGGUUGGAUGAUAGCUCGUUGCCCGUAUGUGUAGACACAUUUACGAGCCCACUGCACGAGGAAGAAGUAGCGAGCUGCGAUGCAGUUAAAGAGGAAGUUGCACUCAACAUUCAACAACCGACCGCCCCUGCGCACGUAACUCGGUCCGAGCAGCUGUGGGACGAGUUGGAGGCUAAUAUAAAGCAAGACGAGCGUGAAAAGUGUGUAUGGCUCGAAAUUGAAAAAGAGCUAGAUUUUAAUCGUGAUUUCGUGAGCAACAUUGAAGAGGAAUUUGACAAGAUACGGCACUCGUACGAGGAAAAUGAGGCCGCCUUCCUUGAGAAUACAGGUGGUUUGAAACGUGUGCACGAGCAGGUGGUAAUAGCGUCACCCGAACCAGAGGGCUUUGGCAAAAGCAUCGAUGAAGACUGGGAGAGCUUUGAAAACUUGGCUGUACAAAAGCCUAAAACGACAAUAAUCGCAGACAAACACGUUGUGCAAUAUAAUUUCGCUGACUUGGAGGAUGCAUACGACAGUGACGGAGAGUCAGUGCUGCGCACAGAACGUCGGCCUGCUGGCUAUAAGCGCCAUAGCGCGCAACUUAAACGCGAGCUCUCCAAUAUAGAAGAUGAAGAUGAACCCACAUCGUCGCACUACAACUACAAUGUGAGUAGCGUUGAAUUUGUGGAACAAGACCAUGUAAUGAUUGUGACACCAUCGCAAGAGGAGGAUCGUCCUAUUGGCUAUGCGCAUAAAGAAAUAUCCGAUUUAGACGAUGAUUACGUGCGUGAACACAGCAAAGAUAGCAUUUUCGAGCCUGUUGCAGAACCGCUUACAGUGAUAACAAAGGCACGUGCGCGACCUAGGCCGCGUCAGAGGGUUACAUUUGAUUUCAGCAGUACAGAAUACUACCAAGCGUCCAACGAUGAGGAGGAUGAAGAUGAGGAUGAGAACCAGAAUGAGCCGCAGGCAGUAACACGCCUCUUAUCAACGACAAAAUCCGCAUCAUAUGAUAACGACUCAGUGGAGGAAGAUGCUGCGCAACAGGCUGUGCCCAAACCAAUGCAACGCACCACCAAAACCUGUUACGUAGCCGAGAAGCAAAAGCAGGACGGCGGCAGUGCAGAAAAUCAAACACACCUUACGCUAUCACCCACAAGCUCACCUGCGCCAGCGUCACUGAUUUUCGACACACCAAUUUCGCUGAAAACUGCGGAAACGGAAUUGAGCGAGAGUUGGACAGCGAUAAGCCAACUCCAGAUGACACCGACAGCGUCGGGUACAACGAGAGCCACGUUGCCAGCACUUUUAAAUGUUAGCGAGCAACCCAAACCGUUCUAUCGUAGUAACCUCGCCCAAACGUCUUCGGUUACGAGCGUUGUUUUCAUGGAGGACAGCAUCAUAACGCAGCAUCAACAGCAGCCAAUGAGUAGUUUUAAGCCACAAGUUGCUAUGCGACAACAUUACUUUGAGCAGAGUUAUCAUAAUUCAACAGAGGCUUAAGAGAGAGUGAGAACAGAGAUUAAGAGGGAAAUUGUGGGAAGCAAUCAGGAGGAAUCGAAACCCAACUGCAGGCUUACCUAAGUCGGAAAAGUAUUAAUGAGAGUAGAACCAAAGUUAGGUGUUAUAUAAAAUGUGCCAAAAAUAAAUACUUAUGCAUAUCUAAAUAAAAGAAAUUUUAAAUUAAAGAACACCAGAGUGUGAAUAGUUUAUCUCGGCAUUCGUCAUUUAAAUCUUUUAUUAAAAAUGUGUCGUUGACAUUCUUUUAAGGAGGGUUAGAUUUAUUUGUCUAUGUCCAAAA